UCAAGCCUUACUCUAAAACAAGGCUCUUUCUCUUCUUUCUUUUCUCUCUCUCUCUCACUAUUAUUAUCUCUCUCACUAUCACAUAGAUAGAAUAGAGCACAUAAAUUACAAAUACAGAUACAACUGCACUUAUAGUAAUGGCCAGCGUUUCAGUGCAAUAUUAUAUGCCAAUUCUCUUCUUGCUUUUCAAUUUAGGUCUCCAUGUCACCUGUGCCUUCCACCACGGCGCAGACUUUGGAUUCUACGGCGGUUGGCAGAGCGCUCACGCCACCUUCUACGGUGGCGCUGAUGCUUCUGGCACUAUGGGGGGUGCAUGUGGGUAUGGAAACUUGUAUGGACAAGGGUAUGGGACCAGCACUGCGGCUCUAAGCACAGCCCUCUUCAGCAAUGGGUUGAGUUGCGGAGCAUGUUAUGAGCUGAAGUGCAACGACGAUCCCCAAUGGUGCAUUGACAACACCAUUACUGUCACUGCCACCAACUUCUGCCCACCAAAUUACGCCCUCUCUAAUGACAACGGUGGGUGGUGCAAUCCCCCUCGCCAACACUUUGAUUUGGCAGAGCCUGCCUUCUUGCAGAUUGCUCAAUAUCGAGCUGGAAUUGUUCCCGUAUCUUUCAGAAGGGUACCAUGUGCCAAGAAAGGAGGAAUGAGGUUCACUAUCAAUGGCCAUUCUUACUUCAACUUGGUGUUGAUAACAAACGUAGGUGGUGCAGGAGAUGUCCAUGCAGUGUCCAUCAAGGGCUCUAGGACUGGGUGGCAAGUCAUGUCAAGGAAUUGGGGUCAAAACUGGCAGAGCAACUCUUACCUCAAUGGUCAAAGCCUCUCUUUCCGUGUUACAGGCAGCGAUGGAAGGUCAAUCACCAGUUAUGAUGCUGUGCCAGCUGAUUGGCAAUUUGGACAAUCCUUUGAGGGGCCUCAAUUCUAGGAAAGUCAUAUAGAUUCACUAGUGUUUGCAGUUGUGCAAGAGAAGAGAGAAAGAAAAGAUCUAGGUUAAUAGCUACUUAAUGCAAAGAUAGCAUAUGGAGCACCUACUCCCAAGGCUUUUGUACGAGAAAGGAUAUAAAGAAGAAAAAGAAAAAAUAGUCCAAUGCACAAGGCUCUUAUUAUUGCAAGGUCUGAAAGGAUCAGAUGUUGCAGUCUUAUAUAUAACGUAUAUUUGUAGUUAUAGUAACAUUGCCAUUAGAAAAUUUGAGAGACAUAAGCCCCAACUUGGUAGAAAACCUAGAAUUGGGUCAAAUAAGACAUUUUGGUAUACGAUUGAGGUAUGUCACCUUGGUUGGUUGAAUUAUAGUAUAUGGUUUGAUGGUGAAAUUGAAUGCCUUCUUUCCUUUUC